UAAAAAGGAGAGAGAGAAACACAGCACCCAAAAGAAAGAUCCGGUGGUGGAUUUGAGUUUUCCAAAGUUACUUUUUCUGUUUGUUUCCUGCCAAUGGCCAAAGGCGAAGGAGCAGAAAGCGUCUCAUCGGCUGGGCUUUUGCAACCGAGCAUCCUAAAGCAAGAGGAUUUAAUCCUUCCAAAGCGGGAAAGCAAAGGAAAACUCUCGAUAUGCAGCAAGGUCUGUUACGCCAUCGGCGGGGCUCCGUACCAGAUCACCGGCUGCGCUUUGGGCUUCUUCCUGCAGAUCUAUUUGCUGGAUGUCGCACAGCUGGACCCCUUCUAUGCCUCCAUCAUCCUUUUUGUGGGCCGCGCAUGGGACGCCGUGACCGACCCCUUGGUCGGAUUCUUUAUCAGUAAAACAUCAUGGAGUCGCUUUGGACGCCUGAUGCCCUGGAUCAUCUUUUCCACGCCCUUUGCCGUGAUCUCCUACUUCUUGAUCUGGUUCGUGCCGGACAUCUCGAAGGGACAAGUGAUGUGGUACCUUUUCUUCUACUGCAUUUUCCAGACCCUCGUGACGUGCUUCCACGUUCCGUAUUCGGCCCUCACCAUGUUCAUCAGCCGGGAGCAAAGCGAGCGGGACUCGGCCACUGCUUACCGAAUGACCGUGGAAGUGCUGGGCACCGUCCUGGGAACAGCCAUCCAGGGGCAGAUUGUGGGCAAAGUGAACACGCCGUGCAUCCCAGACCCGCUCCUGCUGGACCUUGGCAACUCCUCUUCGGUGGCCAUGGAGGAGGUCAACAUCACCCACGACACCGGCUCCAUCACAGACACGAGAAACGCCUACAUGAUCGCUGCCGGGGUCAUCGGCGGGAUAUACAUCCUUUGCGCCAUCAUUUUGACGCUGGGAGUUCGAGAAAGGCGAGAGUCAUCAGAGCUGCAGUCGCCUGAGCAAGGUUCCUUCUUUGAGGGCUUGAAGCUGGUGAUGAAGCAUGGCCCGUACAUCAAGCUCAUUGCCGGCUUUCUCUUUACCUCCCUGGCGUUCAUGCUGCUGGAAGGCAACUUUGCCUUGUUCUGUACCUAUACUUUGGGAUUCCGCAACGAGUUCCAAAACAUUCUGCUGGCGAUCAUGCUCUCUGCCACCCUGACCAUCCCCUUUUGGCAAUGGUUUCUGACUCGCUUUGGGAAGAAGACUGCUGUCUACAUUGGCAUCUCGUCUGCUGCCCCGUUUCUCAUCUUGGUUGUCAUUAUGGAGAGCAACCUCAUCAUCACCUAUGUGGUAGCUGUUGCCGCCGGGAUGAGCGUUGCGGCUGCCUUCCUUUUACCCUGGUCCAUGUUGCCGGACGUCAUUGACGACUUCAACCUCCAGCACCCGGAUUCCGGCGGCCACGAAGCCAUUUUCUUCUCUUUCUACGUCUUCUUCACCAAGUUUGCCUCUGGCGUCUCCCUGGGGAUUUCCACGCUCAGCUUGGAUUUUGCCGGAUAUAAGACCCGGGGCUGCUCCCAGCCAGAGGAGGUGAACUUCACCCUGAAAAUGCUGGUUUCGGUGGCUCCUGUGGUUCUGAUCAUCUUCGGCCUCCUCCUCUUCAAGCUGUAUCCCAUCGAUGAAGAGAAGCGGAAAGAGAACAAGAAAGCCUUGCAGGAGUUAAGAGAUGAAGAGAGCAGCAACAGCAGCACCGAGUCGGACUCCACAGAACUGGCCAGCAUUGUCUGACCUCGGCUUGCCUUGGUGGUCCGCCUUCAUGCACUGGUAUCCGUCGGAAAACAGGGAACGGGGCUGCUUUGGUGCCUGCAAAGCCGGGGAAAUUGUUACUUGCUCCUUUGGGGCCGUGUUCAAUGAGACGUCCUUCCAGACUUUCUCUGGAGAGCAAAUACUGGGAGACGUUGUGCCUUACGGGAGGGAUCCAUGGAGCACUGGGUUUUUGUUUUUUUGCAUACGCACAAUAUUUGGUCCAGAAGGAAAGGUGCCUUUGGUGGGGAUCCGCACCCCAAAUCAGCGUGUCUCCAGCCACAAUCAGUUUGCAAUACUUGAGCCAUGACGUUUCUGGGAUGCGUGCAACCUAUCACAACUCCACUGCACUGAACGUGGUGCGAGGCGUCGCAGUACUGUUGCCUUUGUUUCUGUGUGCGUCUGUUUUUAUUUUGUUGUCUUACCAUGGGCCCCGAUGGUGCUUCCAGGCGUACAUUAUGCCUGCGGGCCGGACGUAACCAAACACAACUUCGUACUGUACUUUUUUUUCCCUGACAAAUAAGACACAACUAAUGUAGAAAGCAUCCUGUGGCGUUGCUGUUUUUAUAUAUGUAAUAUAUAUGUGUAUGUAUGUAUAAAUAUAUUUGUAUAUAUAAAGAGCUAAUAGAUUAACUUAAAUGAUGUUGUAAAUAUUACAAAGUCGACCACACGGUUUCCUUGUUUUGUAAAUGUCUGUACAGAAAGAAGACUGGAUCUAUUAAUAUUAAUUUACGUUACGUGCCAAAAUGUUACGUGGCAGCGAGAGAGGACUGUUGACCUGUUAAUAUUAAUUUACAUUAAAUGCAGAAUUGUUAAAUGUG